CCCACCCUCGCGGCGCCAGCCGCUCGCCCGAGUCCGCGCGCGCUCUUUGGUCCCGCGCGCCUUCUUCGCGGCUCCCGGCGGCUGGUGGACGCGAGGGGCGCCGAGGGCCGGGAGCGGAGUCCGCGCCCCUCGUCUGCGCUGCGGCCCAGCGGCUCCCGGCGGGCGGGCGGCGGCGAUGGCGGCGGCGGAGCCCGCGAGCUCUGCUCAGCCCACGCCGCAGGCCCAGGCCCAGCCGCCGCCGCCGCCGCCUGGGGCGCCAUCCUCGCAGCCGCCCGCGGCGCUCGCGGCGGGCAGCAGCCGGCACGAGAAGAGCCUGGGGCUGCUCACCACCAAGUUCGUGUCGUUGCUGCAGGAGGCGCAGGACGGCGUCCUGGAUCUCAAAGCGGCUGCAGAUACUUUGGCUGUGAGGCAAAAGCGAAGAAUUUAUGAUAUCACCAAUGUCUUAGAAGGAAUUGAUCUAAUUGAAAAAAAAUCAAAGAACAGUAUCCAGUGGAAGGGUGUAGGUGCUGGCUGUAAUACUAAAGAAGUUAUAGAUAGAUUAAGAUUUCUUAAAGCUGAAAUUGAAGAUCUAGAACUGAAGGAAAGAGAACUCGACCAGCAGAAACUGUGGCUACAGCAAAGCAUCAAAAAUGUGAUGGAAGACUCUAUCAAUAACAAUACGUUUUCCUAUGUAACUCACGAAGACAUCUGCAAUUGCUUUAAUGGUGAUACACUGUUGGCCAUUCAGGCACCUUCUGGUACACAGCUUGAAGUACCUAUUCCAGAAAUGGGUCAGAAUGGACAAAAGAAAUACCAGAUAAAUUUAAAGAGUCACUCAGGACCUAUCCAUGUGCUGCUUAUAAAUAAAGAGUCCAGUUCAUCUAAGCCGGUGGUUUUUCCUGUCCCCCCACCUGAUGACCUCACACAGCCUUCCUCCCAGUCCUCAACAUCAGCGACUUCACAGAAAUCCACCAUGGCUGCUCAGAACCUGCCUGAGCAGCAAGUUUCUGAAAGAAGCCAGAGUUUCCAGCAGACACCAGCUACAGAAAUAUCUUCAGGAUCUAUUAGUGGAGACAUCAUUGAUGAACUGAUGUCUUCUGACGUCUUUCCUCUCUUACGGCUUUCUCCUACCCCAGCAGAUGACUACAACUUUAAUUUAGAUGAUAAUGAAGGAGUUUGUGAUUUGUUUGAUGUUCAGAUACUAAAUUAUUAGAUUCCAUGAACACUUGGGACUGUUAUCUACCUCUAACUGUAACAUUGUAGAACUCUUAAUAACCUAAGUAUUUAAAAUUAUGAAUGUAACACCGUUUUAGUUCGCUGAUUCUGAAAUGUUCUUCCCUAACAUUUUAUUUUUUACUUCACAAAACUUGAAAGGGCUCUGACUGCUGGGGGGGGGGUGAUUAACUGUCUACCAGCACGCCCCUCCAGUGAUUGUAUCCACUUUCUUUCAGCGCUGAAUCCUGCUGUAGCUUCCUCUCCUGAGGAGAGUUAAGCAGGCUUUCAGGUCAUCACAACAAAACAUCGCCCAGAAGAUCACUUACUUGUCUUUAUGUUUUUACUGCCACAAAAUUAUAUCUAUGUGUCCUUCAGACAUUCACUGCCACAUAGAAAGUGAAGGACGUCACUGUUGCGUGAACAGAUUUUGUGAAGUGCCUUCUGUUUUAGCACUUUAAGUCUUACCAGUUUGUUGACUUCUGACAUUCCACUUUCCUGGAGUAUAGGAAAGAUCUGUUAUGUAGUUUGUUUUUAAAAUGUGCCAAUGCCUGUACAUUAACAAGAUUAAAAAAAUAAAGUUGUAUGAGCAUUCAGUUUAUUGAUCUUUGGGGGAAUGUGAUAACUGUCACUAGAUUACAAUUGAGUGAGCAUUCAGUUUAUUGAUCUUUGGGGGAAUGUGAUAUACUGUCACUAGAUUACAAUUGAGUGAGCAUUCAGUUUAUUGAUCUUUGGGGGAAUGUGAUAUACUGUCACUAGAUUACAAUUGAGUGAGCUUUCAGUUUAUUGAUCUUUGGGGGAAUGUGAUAUACUGUCACUAGAUUACAAUUGAGUGAGCAUUCAGUUUAUUGAUCUUUGGGGGAAUGUGAUAACUGUCACUAGAUUACAAUUGAGCCAUUAGUCUUGUCGCUUCAUCAACAUUAGCUGGUUCAUUUUCACGGUGCUUCUGAGGAAUCAAAGGGAAGAAAGUUUAAACAACAAAAACUUAAGUAACAGCAAACUAAACCACUGUGACUACAAACUGUUAUCUACUUUAAGUCUUUUAGAGUCCCUUUAAAAAUAGAAUAAAUUCUAUAUCAGACUUAGUGUUUGAGCCUUAAUAUGACUUACAGUGCUAUAUAUACCAAAACACCAGGUAAAAAUUACUAAUUGAAGUGUUAGCCUUCAGUACAUCAGUCAUGAAAGCAACUGAUUUCUACUUACCAGCUCUUUCUGCACAGAUUUAAGAGAAAGACUUUUUGAAAAGUUUGCAAGUUCUUUCUGUAUAUUUACAAAAGCUGUGUUCAUUCUGUUGACUUUUUCAUCAUUCAUAAUGUUUAUCUGUAAGAAUAAAAAACCUUAGAAUCUCA